GUGAGAACUAGCUGUUACCAUUUCAACUCUUAAUAUGGUGGUUUCUGGAAGGACUUGACAAACCCAGGCACCAGGGAUACACUCGCUUCUUAAAAUUUAAGCCUUGGGCGCCUGGUUUUAGAGUCCUCAAGUCACCUAUGACCCCUACAAUUGAGUUUUGGUAGCUGGAUCCUUUCUAUACCUCACAGCUGUGAAAUACAAUCCAUCUUUUAUUGGAUCAUUAUUUAAUAUCAUUGGUCUUUAAAGAUGGUUGGAGCACAGCAACUGGAAAUGUCUGAGGUCCAAGCCACUCCAGUUCAACAGCAGCCUCCAGUACAGUCUACAGAAGCAAAUGACCAUCAGUAUGAGUGUCAUGAAUGUGGGAAAGUAUUCAAAUGGUCAUCUAGGCUGAUUCAUCACCAAAGGACACACACUGGAGAGAGGCCAUAUAAAUGUUCUGAAUGCCCAAAGGCCUUCAAAGGUUCAUCAGCAUUAUUAUAUCACCAACGGAGCCACACCGGGGAACGUCCUUACAAGUGUACAGACUGUGGCAAAGCUUUUAAGCGUUCAUCUCUACUACAGAUUCACCAGAGCGUACAUACAGGAGUGCGUUCCUUUAAAUGUAACAUCUGUGGCAUGUCAUUUAAAUGGUCUUCUCAUUACCAGUACCAUGUGAGACAACAUACAGGUGAGAGACCAUAUAAAUGUAGUAUCUGUGAGAAAUCAUUUAAAAGUUCUUCUAGUUUACGGCGUCACAGAAAUAUUCAUACAGGGGAGAGACCUUAUGUUUGUACAAUUUGUGGAAAAGCUUUUACACAGUCUACCAAUUUAAGACAACAUCAGCGUAUCCAUACUGGGGAACGUCCCUACAUGUGUGAUGAAUGUGGAAAAUCUUUUACUCAUUCUUCCAACCUUUUGCUUCACCAACGUACACAUUCUGGAGGACGCACUCAUAAAUGUGACUUGUGUGGAAAAGUGUUUAUUUCUGAUUCUUUCUUGCAAAAGCACUUGCAGUCUCAUACUAUUGAACAGGCUUUUGUGCAGGCUGACACAGAAGUAUAUCUAACUACUACUGCCAUGGAAACAGUGGAGAUGCUUUUUAAAUGUGGGGAAUGUGAUCUGACCUUUAAAAAUGAGGAUUUGCUUCUUGGGCACCAGCAAAGUCAUAUGGAAGAGCAGCUUUACUCUUGUUCAACUUGCGACAAAACAUUUAAAAAUGCUUCUGGACUUUCACGUCACCAACAUUGUCACUCUAAUGAAAGGCCUUUUAAGUGCUCUAUAUGUGAGAAAACCUUUGUACAACUCGCCAACCUCUUAGUACAUCAGAGAACCCACACAGAAGAACAACAGCUCAUUCAAACAGAGGCUGAAGUCACUUGUCCACAGACCACAGAGAUAGUCCAGCCACCUUCUGCUACCACUAUCGCAGAAACGGUUGAUCGUCCAUUUAAGUGCACAGAAUGUGGAAAAGCAUUCAAAGGUUCUUCAGGGCUACGGUAUCACAUGAGAGACCAUACUGGAGAACGUCCUUAUAAAUGCUCAGAGUGCGGUAAAGCUUUUAAGCGCUCCUCAUUGUUAUCCAUCCAUCAGCGGGUACAUACUGGCGUCAGAGCUUUCAAGUGUGCAGAAUGUGGCUUAACAUUCAAAUGGUCUUCUCACUAUCAAUACCAUCUCCGACUGCACACUGGGGAGAGGCCUUACAACUGUACUGAGUGUGGCAAGUCCUUCAAGAACACAUCAUGUCUUAGACGACACCGACAGCUGCACACUGGUGAGCGUCCUUUUGCCUGCGUGAUGUGUGGUAAAACGUUUACUCAGACCUCUAAUUUACGUCAACAUGAAAGGACUCAUACAGGAGAAAGACCAUACAAAUGUGAAAAGUGUGACAAAACAUUUACACACUCUUCCAACUUGCAGUUACACCAGCGCACCCACUCCAGUGAUCGACCUUUCAAAUGUACAGUAUGUGGUAAAGGUUUUGUUAUGUCCUCAUAUCUUCAGAGGCAUCUGCGCACCCACGUGGAUACUGGAGGAACUAGUGAGAGUACGUCACAGAAUUCCUCAGGGUCUCAGAGUGUGCAGAUUAUGCCUACCACACAGGGAGUGCAAAUUUUGCCUAAUAUAAAUGCAACUUUUAACCUUGAAGUAGGCAAUCAACCUAGUGCUCCAAAUUCGCAGACAUUCCUUCUGGUGCAAGUAAUGCAGCAAAAUACACCCAAACUCAUCUUGCUGCCAAGUUCCCAGUUUGUGCAGACGCAGCCAAAGGUUCCUUUAGUUCAAAAUAAUCCCAGUAUGGUCCUGAUACAAAAUAAUAUAAACCAAAUUACUCAGCAAAGCAAACCCUCAAGUAAGAAAUCGAAAGCUAAAAAGUCUACUCUUCCCUAUAAUGUUGCACCUACCCAGAAUACCUUUAUUAUGCCUAAUACAGCACAAGUUUUACCUAAUUUGCAGCCCAUUCAAACCAUUCAGGCCUAUCCCAGAACCCAAACACUUCCAUUAGGUCAAAAUUUCUUUGUCUUGCAGAAUGUAACAGAGCAAAGUCCUCAGCAGAUAACUUUACCUGCUUCUCAGAAGCUAUCUAACAUGCAAAUACAAUCAGUUCCCUCUGCAAAUGACAUGGCUAAUGUUCACAUUCAAACCAUACCUAGCUCUCCAAUGUCAAACAUUCAGAUUAGAACUAUACAAAAUGCUCAAAAUAUAUCCAACAUGCAGAUACAAACAGUAUCUAACACCCAGGAUAUAUCAAGUAUGCAUAUCCAACAAGAAUUACCUAAUGUUCACAUUCAAACAAUCCCAAAUACACAAGAUCUAUCAAAUAUUCAGAUUCAGGCUCUUUCAACAUCUCAAAGUGUUUCAAGUUUACAGGAUAGUCAAAAUUUAAUUGUGGUACAUAAUUCUCCAGGUGAAGAAAUAUUAAACACUGGUGAAAGUGUAGAAAACUUACAGUCCAUGGAAGAAGUACAGAAUGUACAUUUCGAGACCCUGCAAACAGAAGAAGGCUUACAAAAUGUUCUUGUCCUGCAGAAUGCAGAUGGAGAGCAGACACGACUUUGUGUUCAAGAAGUAGAAAAUAUGCAGGAUGUAUCUAAUGUCCAAAUCCAGGCCAUGUCAAAUUUGCAGGAUUCCACAAAUACUAUUUCUGGCGAACAAAAGGUAUUUAUUAUUCAGAACACUCCUGGAGAGCAGACCCUGCAGGUGGUGGAUAAUAUCCAGGGUGAUCAAAAUGUACAGGUUGUAGAAAACAUCCAAGGCUUACAAGGUGGGCACAAUAUACAGAUGUUACCAAGUAACCAAAAUGUUAAUACUGUACAGAUUUUGCAAAACCUACAAUUGAGGACGGUACCAACUAGCCAAGGGGUGCAGACCAUACAGAAUAUACAGGGUUUUCAAAAUAUACAGCCAUCUACUGCAGGAAACCAGAACCUACAAACGGUACAGCUGGUUCAGAAGUCUUCUGCUCAGGGGCUACAGCAAGCACUGCCUUCAAUACAGAUAGUUCAGGCUGUGCCCAAGGUUCAACUUGUUCACACGUUCUAGUGUGUCUUUAGGGUCUGCUCCAAUACAGUUUUAACUUGCUGGUAAACUCAAGAUGAAAUUUAAUCCAUAUACUAAACCAUAUUUAUGGUGAUUGAGAUGGAUUAUUUUUGCAUCUCUAAUGAAAGAUAAUUAUGAUGCCUCUUCAGUACAUUAUACAUUGCUUGAAUGUAUUAUCCACAUAAUUAUACUAAUAUAUUAAUAUGUAUUCCUUGAGAAAUUAUGCUCUAAUUAAAUAAGAAUUAGAAUGCAUGUAGAAUAUGAGGUACAGGAAAUAAUGUAAAAAUAUUACAGGCAAAAAAAAAAAAAAGCAAUCCUUAUUCAUUUCUGCUUCAUAACGUUAUAUAUAUUUAUUUUGGGGGAAAAAGUUGGAUAGAAAUUUCCUACCCAAGUUAAUGUUCUUUCUGAAGAUUCAUGAUUAACCAUAACUGUACCACUUCUGUAGAAUUACAGGAGUAAUAAAUCUAUAGCUUUAGAUAAAAGCUAGAUUAUGGAGAGGAUUUAUGCAUUCACAGCUUUUGCCACAUUGCAGACUCGCUAACGAUGAAUUUAAGAAGCAUUUCCUAUCUCCUUGUUCUAAAAAGAUUGAAUUUGGGGAGAUUUGCAGGCCCUGCUUUUAUGUAAUUAGUUCCACAAGAGCAGGGGGUCAGAUUCCACAAGAGAGGUCUGGUGUGACCUUAAAUUUUGCAAGCGAUGCUGCAUCACAAGUGGCGAUUGCAGGCGGAUAUGUUCUCUACUUGAGAACGUGUCCGCCUGCAGCUUUAUAAAUGUUCCCAUAUGUUAUAUUUGAUGCAGACAAUCCAAAAUGACAACUGAAUACAUCAUUGCACCUUUUACUUGAGGCAUGUUAUAAACAUGUCCUAAUGGGGGAAAAAAUUAAGUUUAAUGUGGUUUUACAUUCAAUUUGUGCAUACACGUGGAUCCUGCAAUGUGAAACUGUGGACAUUUAAAGUGUUUUUUUUUUUUUUUUUUUCUUUGUAGCUAAAGAAUAGUUACCACAAGAGUAAUAUUACUCUGCAACACUAUUUAGCACUUUGUAUACUUUAUUUCCAAUAGUAUUUUUUAACUGUAUAGUAGAUUUGCUGUAAAGACAGUGAAUUCUUUAACAGCAAGCAAUUUUUAACUAUAGAAAAAAAAACUUGAACAUAAAAGGAAUUUUGGUAGCGAAGACAUUAACCACCUAUUCUUUUGAGUCGUGCACUAUGUUCCUUUGAUUGAAAUUUGUUUGCACUAAUCUUUUUACUAAUACCAUUUUUUGAACAAUGCUGUGUUGUGACAAUUACACCUAUUAAUCCACAGGUGUUCUUUCCUACAGAGGAACUAGAAAGUGAAUAAAUUGUGAUAUUAGUAAACGUGUAGCACUUUUCCUUGUGUUUUUGUACAAAUAACUGUUAACAAUCAUGGCACCUGAGAUUCUGGCCUACAUUGAAAGGACAUUAGCUAUACUGAGAUGCGAUGAUUCACAAGUAGGUUAAUAUUUCUGUAAAUGUAACAUUGAAACAAUGUUGUUGUUUUUUCUUUGUUCAAAUAAUGUAAAUGACAGUGUAUAUUAAAGGGAUACUAAAGUCAAAAUGAUACUUUCAUGAUUUAGAUAGAACACGCAAUUAAAAAAAAAAAAUUACUUCUAUUAUUAAAUUAUGCAGUCUUUUUAUAGACACAGGGCAGGGAAAUGGAAGGAAACUUUGAAAUUUGUCAGAGAAAAGUUUGGCUCAUUUUAAAUUUAGAGCAAGUGCUACUGCAUUUUCAGCUUAUGUAUUUGUUGAUUUUGCAGUUGUACUGUGUUUAAGGGUCCUUUUUAAAUGGACAAGAAACCCAACGUUUUUCUUUUGUGAUACAGAUAGAGCAUACAACAGCUUUCCAUUUUACUUCUAUUAUCGAAUUUGCUGAAAGGGACAGUCAAAAUGUAUUGUUUAAAAAGAUAGAUAAUCCCUUUAUUACCCAUUCCCCAGUUUUGCAUAACCAACAUGGUUCUAUUAAUACACUUUUUACCUCUGUGAUUACCUUGUAUCUAAGCCUCUUCUGACAGCCCCCUGAUCACAUUACUUUUUUUUAUUUAUUAUCUUUUGACUUGCAUUUUAUCCAAUAAGUGCAGUGUCUGCUGCAACCCACGGGCGUGAGCACUAUGUUAUCUAUAUGGCUCACAUGAACUAGCAGUCCCCUGUUGUGGCAAGCUAAUAAAAAAAGCAUGUGAUAAGAGGCUGUCUUUAGUGGCUUAGAAACAGGUAGACAUUUGGAGGUUUAAAGGUUAUAAAGUAUAUUAAUAUAACAAUGUUGGUUGUGCAAAGCUGGGGAAUGGGUAGUAAAGGAGUUAUUUAUCUUUUUAAACAAUAACAAUUUUGGUGUUGACUGUCCCUUAAUGCUCUUGGUAUCCUUUGUUAAAAAAUCAUAUCUAAAUAGGCUCAGGAGCUUGGAGCUAACUGCUGAUUGGUUGCUGAACUUGUAUGCCCAUAGAGUACAUUGAUACUUCUUCAAGAAAAGAUAAUAAGAGAAUGAAGCAAUAUUGAUAACAGAAGUAAAUUGGAAAGCUGUUUAAAAAUGUAUAAUCUAUAUGAAUCAUGGAAAAAAAAAAGUAGGUUUAAUGUCUUUUUAAGUUAGGGACAUGAAGCUUUCUGAUGAACAAAGAUGGAAAUUCGAUUCAGUGGAGUUUUAGAUUUGUCCACAUGGUUACAGAAUAAGCAAGAAUUUUAGAACCCCAAUUAUUGGUUAUACAGUAAAAACAAUGGGGGUCCAGCGGUUUCAAAAUGGCGGCCACAAAAGAUUUGUUUAUAUUUACACUUGUUCAAAACAUGUUUAGAAAUAUAGGUACAUAGACUUUGACGGCAGAUAAGAACAGAAGACCCAAUGAGUCUGCCCUGAAUUGUAAGUUUAAUUUGUUGUGUAGCCUCUUUCAUUAGGGAUGUGCAUUUGUCUAUUUUGGUAGCAAAUGGAUGCCGAUAUAUGGUGGCUGCCAGCAAAUUCGGAUCUUAGUGUGUUGCACCUUCACAAGAAGAUAUACGGCUCAGAAAAUUGCUGAAUGCCACUGGUGGCCACCAUAUAUAUCGGCAUCCAUUUGCUACCAAAAUAGACAAAUGCACAUCCCUCAUUUUUAUAUACCAGACAUUCUUAAAUUCCCCUAGCACAGUGUUUCUCAACUCUAGUCCUCAAGAACCACUAACACGCCAAAUUAUCAUGGUAUCUUAACUAGAACACAGGUGAAAUAAUCAGCUGAUGGUCGCGAGCAGGUAAAUAACCAUAGUUACUGACUAGCUAAUUAUUUCACCUGUGCGCUAGUUAUAUCAUGAACACCUGACCUGUUAGGGGUACUUGAGGAGAUAAGUUAAGAAACAUUGCCCUAGAAUAUCUGCCUAUUGGAUGUCUAUACCAGUGAUCAGAUAAUCUGGGUGUCAGCUGCACUUAGAAAAUGAACUCUGCAUAUUCAUAAACAUUGAUGAGGUCUGUCAUUUACUACAGUCCAUUACACUGUGCUCUGUGACUACUCACAAUUAGAUGCUGCACUGCAGAGUCCAGAAGGCUUUGAAAAAAAGAUGAUGUAGGGCAGAUGCCAAAAAUCUGCUAAACCCAAGUGCGCUGCAGCUCUCUGUGUGCUGUUUUACACUGCUUGUCGGCUAUAGCCUGCUAGAAACAUCCCAACUUGAAUGGUCCUUACCCUUGUGUUGUGGGGCUGAUGUGUUCCCUCCCACUUUACUUCACAGCUGCAAUUUAGUGGAAAAUGACAGCGAAACACAAAAAAAUCUAAUCUGACGUGGGGUACUAAACCCAAUUUUUUUCUUUCAUGAUACAGAUAGAACAUGCAAUUUUAAGCUUCAGAGCCAGCCAAUCUUUGGUUCAGUACCCUGGAUAGCUCUAGCUUAUUGGUGGCUACAUUUAACCACCAAUCAGCAAGCGCUACCUCCGUGCUGAACCAAAAAUGGGCCGGCUCCGAAGCUUUACAUUAGUGCUUUUCAAAUAAAGAUAGCAAGAGAACGAAUACAAAUUGAUUAUAGGAGUAAAUUAGACAUUUUCUAUCUGAGUCAUGAAAGAUAAAAUUUGGGUUUAGUAUCCCUUUUAAGCAUAUAUUUUUAACUUUCAGCUGCUUAAUCCUAGACAGAAAAAGGAAAAAAAAAGUGAUUUGUGACCCAGCAACAUUACAAAGUGGAUUCAUGUUUGGUCUAUAAACCAUUUCGCUUAGUUGAAAUGAACAGUAAAGUCAAACGUAUUAAAUAAUCAUGAUUCAGAUAGAAAAUAUCAUUUUAAACAACUUUGCAAUUUACAUUUUUCUAAUUUGCUUCAUUUUCCUGGUAUCCCUUUGUUGAAAAGCAUACCUAGGUAGGCUCAUAAGCAUCAAUGGACUAUUGUGGGAGCUUGCUGCUCAUUGGUGGCUGCAUAUAUAUGCCUUGUGCCAUUGCCUCACCUGAUGUGUUCAGCCAGCUCCCAGAAGUGCUCCUUCAACAAAGGAUACCAAGAGAAUGAAGCAAAUUUAAAAAUAAAUGGAAAACUGUUUCAAAUUGCAACUGCUUUCUGAAUCGUGUAAGAACAAAAUUGGGUUCCAUGCCCCUUUAUGAGUAAAAAAAAAAAUAGCAUCAGAAAGUUGGUUGUAUAUUUACAAUAUAUGUAUAUUUAUCUUAUUAAAUCUGUAUACCUACAGUCAAACACGCACAUAUGAGUAUAACAUGUAUAUGUGUAUGUGUUGGUACAUGUGUAAUAUAUGACUUUACAUUUUCAACCAUUUUGUUAAAGGGACAGUCUACACCAGAAUUUUUAUUGUUUUAAAAGAUAGAUAAUCACUUUAUUACCCAUUUCCCAGUUUUGCAUAAACAGCACAGUUAUAUUAAUAUACUUUUAACCUCUGUGAUUAUCUUGUAUCUAAGCCUCUGCAAACUGCCCCUUUAUUUCAGUUCUUUUGACAGACUUGCAGUCUAGCCAAUCAGUGCCUGCUCCCAGAUAACUUCUCGUGGACGAGCACAGGUUUAUCUAUAUGAAAUACCUGAACUAACACCCUCUAGUGGUGAAAAACUGUUAAAAUGCAAUCUGAAAGAGGUGGGCUUCAAGGUCUAAGAAAUUAGCAUAUGAACCUCCUAGGUUAAGCUUUCAACUAAGAAUACCAAGAGAACAAAGCAAAAUUGGUGAUAAAAGUAAAUUGGAAAAUUGUUUAAAAUUACAUGCUCUAUCUGAAUCAUGAAAGUUUAUUUUGACCUAGACUGUCCCUUUAAGCUUUAGAUAUCAUGAAUCACACUCCUUUUCUGUAAAGAUGUGUUUCGUCAAAUUACUCUUUAACCUGCUACACUCUAGCGUCAGGUUGUGGCCCCUUGUUUUGUAUUGUUUUUUUUUGUUUUGUAAAUGCUUUCAACCUCCACUUUAUUAAAGGAACAUAAACUAC